AUGGCCGCCUCCUUCGCCCGCCUCGCGGGCAAUGCGCCCAAAAGACUCUGUCUCCGCCCCUCCACUAUCCUUAACACAUCUGUGCCCCGUUCUCGCUCCAUAGCCACUACUGUCUCUCGUCGACAGGCCGAGGCGACCAGCUACCAAGCCACCAGACUGAUUCCGACCGACCCGACCUUCACCCACUUUGCCAACAAGGGGUCCCCCGAGGACCCGGAGGCUAGUGCUCUUGAAUCCGAAGCCGAAGGCAUUGACCGCAAGAUCCGUCACUACACUGUCAACUUCGGUCCUCAGCAUCCUGCUGCCCACGGUGUGCUCCGAUUGAUUCUGGAACUCAAUGGCGAGGAGAUCGUUCGCGCCGAUCCUCAUGUUGGCCUGCUUCACCGUGGUACCGAGAAGUUGAUCGAGUACAAGACCUAUAUGCAGGCCCUGCCCUACUUUGACCGACUCGACUACGUCUCCAUGAUGACCAAUGAGCAGUGCUUUGCCCUGGCUGUUGAGAAGCUGCUGAAUGUUGAGAUCCCUGAUCGUGCCAAGUGGAUCCGAACCUUGUUCGGAGAGCUCACUCGUAUCCUGAACCAUCUGAUGUCUGUCCUCUCCCAUGCCAUGGACGUUGGCGCUCUGACUCCCUUCCUGUGGGGUUUCGAGGAGCGUGAGAAGCUCAUGGAAUUCUACGAGCGUGUUUCCGGUGCCCGUCUUCACGCUGCCUACGUUCGUCCGGGUGGUGUAUCCCAGGAUAUUCCCCUCGGUCUCCUUGACGAUAUUUAUCAGUGGGCCACCCAGUUUGGUGACCGUAUCGACGAGACCGAGGAGCUGUUGACAGAUAACCGUAUCUGGAAGGCCAGAACCCAGGGUGUCGGUGUUGUCAACGCCACUGAUGCCUUGAACAUGAGUUUCACUGGUGUCAUGCUCCGUGGAUCCGGUGUCCCGUGGGAUAUCCGUAAGUCGCAGCCUUAUGAUGCCUACGACCAGGUGGAGUUCGAUGUUCCCGUUGGUGUCAAUGGUGACUGCUACGACCGUUACCUGUGCCGUAUGGAGGAAUUCCGCCAGUCCCUCCGCAUCAUUCACCAGUGCUUGAACAAGAUGCCCGCCGGUCCCGUCCGCGUGGAAGACUACAAGAUUUCUCCUCCUCCCCGUGCUGCCAUGAAGGAAAACAUGGAGGCUCUGAUCCACCACUUCCUUCUCUUCACCAAGGGUUACUCUGUGCCCCCAGGUGAGACCUACUCCGCCAUUGAGGCCCCCAAGGGUGAGAUGGGUGUUUUCCUGGUCAGCGACGGCAGUGAGCGGCCUUACCGCUGCAAGAUCCGUGCGCCCGGAUUCGCCCAUUUGGGUGGCUUUGAUCAGGUGUCUCGUGGCCACCUUUUGGCUGAUGCCGUUGCCAUCAUUGGUACCAUGGAUCUUGUGUUCGGUGAGGUUGAUCGGUAA